UCCACAGUUCAUAGAAUCCAGAUAUUGUCCUAAUACCCACUUGCAGAUCAAUUUAAUUCAUGUAUAUGUAUGUAUACACAUUUUGAUGGUUUCAAAGAUUAUCCCAACAAUUAUCAUCCUAAGAACACAUAGAUUUAAUCUCAGGUGUAGGACCCUUUCACAAGAUGCAUUCACAUGAAGCACUCUGCAGAUGCUCCAGAGAGUGCAGCAGCAGAAACUGCCUCAUGCAGCUGUGGUCACACAGUCCCAUCUAGGAUGGAGGCGAGACCUGCAGCUGAUAUAAGGAGAGACAGACAGGUGGAAAGAGAAGGAGCAAGAGGUCAGAGGCAACUGAGAAUAUUGCUUGGACCUGUGGUACGCUGGAACAGCUUGGAAGUUGCUAUGGCACCUGGACCUGAAAUGUUGGCCCCCAAGUGCCUGAUAGAAAAUGUUAAUGAGCAGCUGUCAGUGAACCAGGAAGCUCUACAGAUUCUUGGUGAGAUUUCUAACCCAGUGGUGGUGGUGGCCAUUGUUGGACUGUACCGUACCGGAAAAUCCUACUUGAUGAACCGUCUGGCAGGACAGAACACUGGCUUCUCUCUCGGCUCCACAGUGCAAUCCGAAACCAAGGGAAUCUGGAUGUGGUGCGUGCCCCACCCCACCAAGCCUGACUGUACCCUGGUCCUUCUGGACACUGAGGGCCUGGGUGAUGUGGAAAAGGGUGACCCUAAGAAUGACUCCUGGAUCUUUGCCCUGGCUGUGCUUCUGAGCAGCACCUUUGUGUACAAUAACAUGAACACCAUCAACCACCAGGCCCUGGAGCAGCUGCAAUAUGUGACAGAGCUCACACAACUAAUCAGGGCAAAGUCCUCCUCAACUUCUAAUGGAGUAAAAGAUGCUACAGAGUUUGUGAGUUUCUUCCCCAGCUUCAUCUGGACUGUACGGGAUUUCACACUGGAGCUGAAGUUGGGAGGUCAACCCAUCACAGCAGAUCAGUACCUGGAGAAUGCCUUGAAGCUGAUUCCAGGUGACAAUCCCAGAGCACAAAUCUCCAAUCUUCCCAGGGAGUGCAUCAGGAAUUUUUUUCCACAUCGCAAGUGUUUUGUCUUUGAUCGGCCAACAAAUGACAAACAUGACCUACACAAUAUUGAGAAUAUCUCAGAAGACCAACUGGAUCCUAAAUUUCAAGAACAAACACAUAGUUUCUGUUCUUAUAUCUUCAAUAAUGCAAACAUCAAAACCCUCAAAGAAGGAAUUGUGGUCACUGGGAAUCGGCUGGGGGCUCUGGUGGAGACCUAUAUGAAAGCCAUCAGCAGUGGGGCGGUACCCUGCUUGGAGAACGCGGUGACCACUCUGGCCCAGCGUGAGAAUGCAGCAGCUGUGCAGAAGGCUGUCAACCACUACAGAGAGCAGAUGGCCCAGCGAGUGCAACUCCCCACAGACACGCUCCAGGAGCUGCUGGAUGUACACACAGCCUGUGAGAAAGAGGCCAUUGCUGUCUUCAUGGAGGGGUCCUUCAAGGAUGAAGAUGGGAAAUUCCAGAAGCAGAUGGUGAAAACAAUACAGGAAAUGAAGGAGGAUUUCUUGCUGAAGAAUGAAGAGAAAUCUGAUCAAUACUGCCAGGAAAAACUGAAUUUGCUUUCAAAAGACUUGAAGCAAAGCGUAUCAGCAGGCAGUUUCUGUGUUUCUGGAGGGCACCAGCUAUACAUGGAGAUGAGGAAAAAGAUAGAAGAGGGCUAUUUCCAAGUGCCUAGGAAAGGAGUCAAGGCAGGAGAAGUGCUGCAAAGUUUCCUGCAGUCACAGGCAGCAAUAGAGAAAAUCAUCCUGCAGUCAGAUAAAGCUCUCACUGACAGGGAGAAGACCAUGGCAGAGGAGAAGGCCAAGAAGGAGGCAGCUGAAAGGGCACAGGAAAUUUCAACAGAGAAAGAACAGGUGGAACAGCAACUGAAAGCAGCUCUACAGAGGACCCUCAAAGAAAAUAUGGAGCACCUGGAAAAGAAGUUACUGUUGGAGAGUGAAAACCGCCUCAGAGAGCAGAAAAUGAUGUUGGAGAAACUGCAUAAGAUCAAAAUGGAUUUGCUUGAAGAAGGAUUCAACAUGAAAGCUGAGGCAAUCAGUGAAGAGCUAAAGCAUUUGCAGAGUGUUGUUGAAGCUUCAGAAAGCGAUGAUGACCCGUAUAUUACACAAGCCUUGAAUAGCGUAGGUGAAGGGAUAACUGCAGUACUGAGUGCCCCUGGUAAAGUUCUUGGUAAUGUUGUUAAAUCCAUUGGCCAUCUUUUCAAGUAAACUUUGCUCUUCUUUUAAGAAACUUAUAGAUUAUGGAUGUAAGUGUUGACCUGUUCUGGGGCACAUGUUUUUCACUUUCAUUCAGCAAAAUUUUAAGUAAAACAGUUGCUUAUUGUAGUGUAUCUGUGUCGAGACCAUGUUAGAACAAAGGCUUGUCACCUGUCGACAGAUAAUAUUUGCUUUUAGGCAACACACGCUUGCAACAACAUAUAUAUGAAGAAGUCCAUGGAGAUAUGGCUUUCAAUUGCAAAACUUGGAAAUUACUUCAAUAUCAUCGGAAUAAAUUGAUAAUAUAAGUUUA